CUAUAUAACGUUUAUAUCACAUGACCAAAUGAACAUGAAAAACAAUUACAAAAGACACAAAGGCGGCUAUAGCCGAAACAAAAAUGAAGGUUCAUAUGACACCCAUGUACAAAUUGAUGAAGCGCUAUACAUGGCUAAUCGCAAUGCAGCUAUAAAACUAAAGGAAAGCAUUUUGAAACGAGAGAACGCAGAAGAUUUUGCAUUAGGACCAUGUCAAUUCCGAAGAAUAUCAACAUUCCAGAAAGUGGACAGCAGGCCUAGACCAUCAAUGCAAAAAACAGAAGGCACAACUAAAUUUUGUGUCAUGUGCCCAUCAUCAAUGCAAAAGGAAAUUGAAUUAUCGCAAUCGCAAACAGUAUACCUUGCAAUGGAACAACAGAGACAUGCCAUACAAGGUGACCAACUCAUAAUAGCCCCCAAACAACAUGUACAAAGCACACUCUAUCUAGAUGAUAAUACAUACACUGAACUCAGAAACUAUCAAAAAACACUAGUGAAGAUGUUCUACGAACAAGAUAAAACCGUACUGUUCAUAGAAACGGCACUUAGCGAUCCGUACUUACGAAAUAAGGAAGAUGGUGGAAGUAGACCACAGCAACACUGUUAUAUACAGUGCUUCCCAAUACCAUUGGAAGCUCUAGAUGAUGCAAAAAGCAUGUUCCGCAAAGCUUUGGAUGAUCUAGUACCAGAUUGGGCUCACAACAGAAAAUUAAUGAAUGUAACCGGUAAAACAGGAGUACGUGAUGUUAUGCCAAAAGGAUUCGACUUUAUACACGUAGACUUUGGACUCUCAGGUGAAGGAAUCGCAUGUGUUAUUGAGGACCUCAACAGAAUAACACCACACUUUGCAAGAGAAGUUGUAGCAGGAGUACUACAUAUGGAUUCCAUGGAGAGGGCAUUCCGAUCAACAGAUAAAUAUAUGCAAGCAUUAAGCUGGCUAAGAAGACAAUAUAAAAAUUACGAUUGGGUCAUUCAGGAGUAAAA